AUGAUGAAACCUUCCAUGGCAGAGACGCUUCAUAAAGGAAGGAUGUUGUGGAUAAUUCUUCUAAGCACAAUUGCUCUAGCAUGGACUACACCAAUUCCCUUGAUAGAGGACUCGGAGGAGCUUGAUGAGCCCUGUUUUGAUCCAUGUUACUGUGAAGUGAAGGAGAGCCUUUUCCAUAUACACUGCGACAAUAAGGGAUUUAUAAAUAUUAGUCAAAUAACAGAGUCAUGGUCGAGACCUUUUAAACUUUACCUGCAGAGGAAUUCCAUGAGGAAAUUGUACACCAACAGUUUUCUUCACUUGAACAAUGCUGUGUCCAUUAACCUUGGGAACAAUGCACUGCAGGAUAUUCAAACGGGGGCUUUUAAUGGGCUCCGGGUUCUGAAGAGGUUGUAUUUGCACGAAAACAAAUUGGACAUUUUCAGGAACGACACUUUCCUGGGUUUGGAAAGUCUGGAAUAUCUGCAAGCAGAUUACAACGUCAUUAAAAGGAUUGAAAGCGGGGCAUUUCGGAACCUGAGUAAAUUGAGGGUCCUUAUCCUAAAUGACAAUCUUAUCCCCAUGCUUCCCACCAACUUAUUUAAGUCUGUGUCCUUAACCCACUUGGACUUGCGCGGGAACCGGCUAAAAGUCCUUUCAUACCGCGGGAUGUUGGACCAUAUUGGCAGGAGCCUGAUGGAGAUCCAGCUGGAGGAGAACCCAUGGAACUGCACGUGCGAGAUCGUGCAGCUGAAGAGCUGGCUGGAGCGCAUCCCCUACACCGCUCUGGUAGGGGACAUCACCUGCGAGACCCCCUUCCACUUUCACGGGAAGGACCUGCGGGAAAUCAAAAGAAGUAAGCUCUGCCCCAUGCUGUCCGACUCUGAGGUGGAAGCCAGCCUGGGCAUCCCUCAGCUGUCAUCCAGCAAGGAGAACGCAUGGCCUACAAAGCCUUCCUCCAUGCUGUCCUCCUUCCAUUUCACCGCCUCCUCUGUUGAGUACAAAACAUCCAACAAGCAGCCCAAACCCACCAAACAGCCCAGGGUGCCCCGGCCUCCCCCAACACCCCGCGGCCUGUACCCUGGGCCAAACCAACCGCCUGUGGCUGCCUACCAGACCCGUCCCCCCAUCCCCAUCAUCUGCCCUACUGGGUGCUCUUGCAGUUUGCACAUCAAUGACCUGGGCCUGACAGUCAACUGCAAGGAGCGAGGGUUUCACAACAUCUCUGAGCUUCUGCCCAGGCCUUUGAACGCCAAGAAGCUGUACCUGAGCGGGAAUUUGAUCCAGAAGAUCUACCGCUCCGAUUUCUGGAAUUUUUCCUCUUUGGAUCUCUUACACCUGGGGAACAACCGGAUCUCCUAUGUGCAAGAUGGGGCUUUUAUCAACCUGCCCAAUCUCAAGAGCCUGUACCUGAAUGGCAACGACAUUGAGCGGCUCACCCCGGGCAUGUUCCGGGGCCUUCAGAGUUUGCAUUACCUGUACUUCGAGUACAACCUGAUCAGGGAAAUCCAGCCGGCAGCCUUCAGCCUCAUGCCCAACCUGAAGCUCCUCUUCCUCAACAACAACCUGCUCCGUACCCUGCCCACCGAUGCCUUCGCCGGCACCUCCCUGGCCCGCCUCAACCUCCGCAACAACCAUUUCCUGGCGCUGCCGGUGGCCGGGGUGCUGGAGCAUCUUCAUGCCAUCGUCCAGAUCGACCUGAAGCUCAACCCUUGGGACUGCACCUGCGAGCUGGUGCCUCUCAAGCAGUGGCUGGAGGCUCUCAGCUCUGUAAGCGUGGUGGGCGAGGUGCUGUGUUCCAGCCCCGAGCGCCUGGCCCGCCGCGACCUGCGCUCCCUGGAGCUGGCGGCCCUUUGCCCCGCCGCCCUGCGCCCCGCUGCCGCCGCUGCUGCAGCCGCCUCGCCCCCCGCCGCCCCUCCGCCUCCCGCCGCUACCGGCGCCGCCGCCUAUGAGCUGCCACCGGCCACGGCCGCCGUGCCGCUCUCCGUCCUCAUCCUCAGCCUCCUCGUUCUCUUCUUCUCCGCCGUGCUGGUCGCUGCCGGGCUUUUUGCUUUCGUCCUGCGCCGUCGCCGGAGGAAGCUGCCGUUCCGCGGCCCGCGGGCGGAGGGAGCCGAUUUGGGCGGUGUGCCGCUGCGCUGCCCGCGGCUCUUCGAGGAGGGAGGAGGCGGCGGCGGCGGUGGCGGCGGCGGCGGCGGCGCCGGUGGUGGGGAGCGCUCCCCGGAGAAGGCGGCCCCGGCGGGACACGUCUACGACUACAUCCCGCACCCGGUGACCCAGAUGUGCAACAAUCCCAUCUACAAGCCGCGGGAGGAGGAGGAGGAGGCUGCAGCGGGCGGCGGAGGAGAGGCGGCGGAGCUGCUGCGGGGCGGCGGCGAGCGCUUCACCCACGCUGCUGCCGCCGCGCAGGAAUCGGGCAGCAACUACCGCACUUUAUUGGAGAAGGAGCAGGAGUGGAGCUUGGCCGUGUCUAGCUCGCAGCUCAACACCAUCGUCGCCGUCCAUCCCCAGCACCCCGCAGGCGGCGGGCUGGCGGCGGGCGGCGGAGGGCUCGGGAGUGCGGGGGCGGCGGUGGGAGGCGGCCCGCGGGACCGCGACCGCCCGCCGCCCUGCGCCGUGGGCUUCGUAGACUGCCUGUACGGCACCGUGCCCAAGCUGAAAGAACUGCACGUUCACCCCCCUGGCAUGCAAUACCCGGACCUGCAGCAGGACGCCAGGCUGAAAGAAACCCUUCUCUUCGCGGCCGGCAAGGGCUUCUCAGACCACCAAACCCCCGCAAGCGAAUACCUCGAGUUAAGGGCCAAACUCCAAACCAAGCCGGAUUACCUCGAAGUUCUAGAGAAGACCACAUACCGGUUCUGA